AUGAUGCCGCCCGUGCGGUCCACAGUGGACAUCUGGAGCAAAAGCAUCCGGCACGGGAGCGGUCGCGGUCGAGGGAGGCCCGGCCUAGGGAUAGAGGUGACAGAGGCCGGGACCGCGGCGGUGACAGGGGCCGCGAUCGUGGUGGCGACAGGGACCGUGAUCGUGGUGGCGACAGGGACCACACGCGACUACGACAGAUCUCGUGAUCGCGACCGCGGCCACGACCGGUACCAGCGCGAUCGGGGUAGGGACCCGGCUGUCGCCGCCAAGCCCGAGCCCGAGCCAGUGCAGGCCCCGCAGACUCCGCUCGGCCAGGCUGCCGCGCCAGUCCAGGUGUGGGACCAGCGUCAGGUGGAGGCGACCGAGGCGCUGCCUCCGGCGGAGCCAAUGCAGCAGGAAGAGCCACCCACUGCACACGAAAGUCCGGUUGCCCCGGAGCAGGUGCCGUCGAGCCAGCCUUCGCAGGCGGUUGCUUCGCUGGACAGGUUUGCCAACGUGGCCGAGCGAUGGCUGGAGGACGACGACAAUCGUGUGCUUUUCAAGGCUGCGGUCCACAAGGCUGUCCACCGCACCGCCAACAUCUACGUCAAGGCAAACGCGCUUCUCAAUGUGCAAGUCGAUUGUGACUCGUGA